AUGCCGCGGAGACAGGUUAGAAAUUUGAUUUUUGGGAUUAUACUUCAAGUGAUACUUUUGGUUUUGAUCUACAACAAUUCCAAAACAUCGAGAUACUUAAUAAUUUCCUGUGAUGAUCUACUGAAGAAAUGGAAUCCCGAAGUUCCGGUAUUAUUGAUUGAUUUGAGUUUUUUGGAAAACUUGAAAACGGAGGAUUGUCGAUGGGAUGAGACGAAAAAGGUUAAGAUUGGAGUCCACGUGAAGGACAAAGACAGAUCGAUUAUCGACACUAAUCGAUUCGAUGUUGUGUUUUAUGAUAGUCCGGAUAACAAAGACUUUUUGGAAUUUCAUGGGGAGCCACGACGGAUUAUUCCAAAAAGAUUCGAGACCCGUCAGAUCGGAAACUUCAAAGUUCCUACAAAUAUUCAAAGAUUUAUAGAAUCCUACAAACGCUCCAAGUUUGUGGAGUGUCUUGGUCUCGAAAUGAAUAGAAAAAAGUCAAAACUAGAAGACUCUCUGGAAUUGACUGUUUUUAUGAAAGGAACACGUCGUCCCUUAAUUGAUUUAUUUGUGAUGUAUGAUGAAAUGGAGAACGGAUCAUUGACUCAUCACUAUGUUUCUGGUCUAAAUAGAGACGGCACAAAAUACAGAUACACGUACCCGAUCUAUGACCCCUGGUGUGCCGCCGACCUCCAUGAUCACAUAUUUUGGGUGUCAUGUUCUCCGAUGAAGCAAGUGAAACAUGAAUACGGACCACUUUGGUAUCGAGACCACCCAACUGAUAAAUAUAAAUGGAAUAAAUCUGGGAAGAAUGUGAAAAAAGUUGGGAAGUUUAGCAAGGAGGAGAUGAAGAAGUAUUAUUUGAAAUAUAAGAAUUAA